AUUUGUUUGGUGGAUGUAAAACCGGGCGCAGGUUAUUUCGGUGGCUACUAAGCGUUUAGUUAAAACAUUCUUAAGUUUAAAUAAUGUGGUAAUUUAAGCUUGGCGACUUAAAGUGAUUGUAAUUGAUAAAAGGACUAGCAAGGAGUACUUAUUUCAUCCGUGCAAGUGAUCGAAUUUCAUCAAUAUUUGAGCGAUGAAUCUUUACCACUAUCUUAACUCGUUAAUGCGAGUUUGGAACGCGGGCGAGGGUCAAGCAGUGGCCAGGUUCCUCUCCCUAUCAGACCAUCAUGUCAAUAAUCCAACACUUUACGUGGAAUACCCAGAAACGGCAGUGGACCGGCAGCUGGAAGCGCCACUGGAUGAAGUCGUUUCUUGUCAUCUGAAAGUUCUAUACUAUUUGACUAAAGAGCCUCGAAACUACAGCGAAGCUUACAAACAGCAGACUAAUUGCAUCCAGGCUGUUGUAAAAAUGCUGCAGGUGAUGAAGGACGAAAACUGGUUCCUGCCAAUUAUGUUCACCGUGGCAAUUGAUUUACGAAGGCUGGCAGCUAAAUGUGAGGAACAGCUGAAAACUUCUAAACCAGGAGAAAUCCUAGAAAAGGCCGCAGAGUGUUUGAUGGCUUGCUUCCGCGUUUGUGCUGCAGAUAAUCGUUCUUCUGAUGCCGACACGAAACGAUUGGGUAUGCUCAACUUGGUAAAUCAGCUAUUCAAAGUUUAUUUCAAGAUAAACAAGCUCAAUCUGUGCAAACCUUUAAUACGAGCCAUUGAAAGCUCAAAUUUCAAAGAAUCAUUUAGCUUGGCACAAAAAAUUACUUACAAAUAUUUUGCUGGCAGAAAGGCUAUGUUUGAUUCGGACUACAAAAAUGCUGACGAGUAUUUGAGCUUUGCUUUUGAAAAGUGUCCUCGAAAGUUCUCAAAAAACAAACGACUUAUUCUAAUCUACCUAGUUCCUGUCAAAAUGCUAUUGGGCUACAUGCCGCGAAAAGAAGUCUUGGAGCGUUACAAUGUGCUCCAAUUCCACGAUCUAACUGUGGCACUGAAAGAAGGAAAUGUUCGACGCUUUGACGAAGUCAUACAGAAGCAUGAAUCGUUUUUUAUUAACGCAGGAAUCUACCUCAUUGUAGAAAAAUUGAAAAUUCUUGCCUAUAGAAAUCUUUUCAAAAAAGUCUACUUGAUACUGCAAACUCAUCAAAUUGAUCUGAACGCAUUUCUUACUGCUCUUCAGUGGGUCGGGGAAGAAGAACUGACCAUGGAUGAAACGCAUUGCAUCGUAGCCAAUUUAAUAUAUGAAGGACGGAUCAAGGGUUACAUAAGUCACCAGCACAACAAGCUGGUUGUUUCUAAACAGAAUCCAUUUCCAAAUGUUCUCGUUAACUAAGGUGAAAUAAAAACUUAAGCCAUUGCCAUGACAACGGUCUUGUAUUGGAACG